AUUUUAGCCCUCUAUGGAUUUGUAACUUGGAAAAUACGAGUUGCACCCAAAUGCAACAUCCGCACAAGCCUCGGACACUGAAAGCAACAAGCUGGACUGGACCGAGCGCUUCCCGCUGUAGCACCGUGUAGUCGGAACUGACGGGAAAACAGCAACGAAACGAGGUUAUUUGGCUAACAAAACGCUGGUUUGUCUAGCUAUCUACUGGCCUUUCAGAACUGCACUGGAGGAGGGAAGAUGUCUGCGGUCUAUAAAGGUGACCAGGAGGACUGGCUGACAGUGUGCCUCAAGUACCUGCUCUUUGUUUUCAACUUUCUGUUCUGGGUGGGUGGAGCUGCUGUGUUGGGUGUAGGAAUCUGGACACUGGUGGAGAAGAGCGACUACUUGAGUCUGCUGGCGUCCAGCACUUUUGCUGCCUCAGCGUACAUCCUCAUCCUGGCAGGCAGCCUGGUGGUGGUUACUGGCUUCUUGGGCUGUUGUGCUGUGAUCCGGGAGCAGAGGAGCUGUCUGUCUGUGUAUUUCGUCUGCCUGUUGUUGGUCUUUUUGAUUGAACUGGUGGCUGGAGUACUGGCCUACGUAUACUACCAGAGGCUGAGUGAGGAGCUCAAGCAGCAUCUCACCCAGACAAUGACAGAGAACUAUGCCCAGCCAGGGAAGGAGACCAUCACAUUAGCUGUGAACAGCCUACAACAGGAUUUCAAAUGUUGUGGCAGCAACAACUCCCAUGAUUGGAUGGCAAGUGUGUACAUUUCAUCAAAGCAGGCAGAAGGCAGGGUGGUACCUGAUAGCUGCUGUAAGACCAUCACUCCUUAUUAUUGGGGCAGGAGAGACCACCCCUCCAACGUCUACAAAGUGGAGGGUGGUUGCAUCACUAAGCUGGAGCGCUUUCUGGCAGACCACCUGUUGGUCAUUGGUGCUGUGGGAAUAGGAGUGGCCUGUCUGCAGCUGGCAGGGGCAGCCUUGACAGCCUGCUUUAUCUAUCUGCUCUAUAAAGAAGAGGAAGAGGACUUCGGUACAUUAUGAUUUAGCUCUAGAGCAUCUUUGUGGUUUAAUCAACUGGAGAGACCAGAUAUGUGGAAUGGUGUUCACCUGCUUCUUGUACAGAAGGAUCAAGUUGGACCCUUACUGAACAUACCAGGUCCCCAACACACCACCUUCAACAGGCAGAUGGAACAAUGACCUGCGGACUCCUAACAUCCUCUGAAUUUUAAGCUCAGACCUGAUGUUCCAGGUCACCCAUGUUGCAGUCAGAAACACAUUGUGCCAUUUACCAAACAGGCUGAUUUUUGGUUCCUUUUGUACAGUGUAGUUCUACUGGGCUUUGAACCACAGAGCUUACAGUAUACUGACAUAAAUAUCU